CAAACACUGCUAUGCUUUUUACUCAGACUACAUAUAUAUCUAAAAUAUAUAUCUGAGUGUGUGUGAAUAUUUUGUUUAUUCAAAAGAAGGACAGUCAAUAUAACGACUAAUACAUUAGAAAAAAAUAAAAGCAAUAUGACUUCAAAGAAAUCCAAUGGAGUCGUCCCAGGAGAGGAGGCCAUGCCAAUCAAUGAGGACGAUACAGAAUAUAAGAAAUUGUAUGAACUGCCAACCAUGCGAUACAGCAAUAUUGUAAUCCUAAUAGUUACUGUUGAUACCAUUGUUUCUAUUGCAUUAUGGGUAACAGGAGGCAAUACAAAGUAUUUUACUGACAACAUAACAGAUUUCCAUCUAACAGAAUCAGUCUUUGACUUAGCAUUGGUUGCGGCCGGUAAAAUGAUAUUUUACGUAACAGUGCUGGCAUUUCUAGAAACUUACUCAUUCAGACAGAUAGAUAAACCAUAUGACUUUGCCUUAUUACAGAAAAUAAAAGUUUUACAUGUGACACUGAUCGUGUUCAGUCUAUUAGUUUUUGGAUUCACGGUGACUAAAGGUGGAUUCGUACUUUACAAAUUUAUAAACGAUUCCUCGUAUAGUAAAAUGCAUGCAGAAUACAAUGCACUAGUCAUAUCAGCUGUGUGUUUUAGUUUGAUAGAAUUCAUUGCGUCAGUAUUUAGUUUCGGAGCCAUGAGAACGCUAAAGGUGAUUCGGAUUACCCGUAGAUUUAAUGAUCAGGGUGUGGAGAUUGAUAAAGAAGGGAAAACCAUUCCAAAGAAAGUUAGCCUUCAAAGGCUUUUCCUGUUAGCUAAACCUGAAUGGGGAUUUAUAGCCGGGGGAACUAUAGCAUUAGUAGGAUCAAGUGGUAGCCAGAUGGCAGCACCGUUGUUCUUUGGUAAGGUCGUCGAUGCUGCACAGACAGAUAUGGCUGAGCUUACCCGACUUGUGAUUAUUCUUGUGAUUAUAUAUGUGGUUGGCUCCAUCUUCGCCUUCUUUAGAUCAUGGUUGUUUACAUUGGCUGGACAAAGUUUUGUGUCCAGGUUGAGAAAGAAAUUAUUUGCACAGAUCAUAGAGCAAGAAGUAGCUUUCUUUGAUGAGAAUAGAACAGGAGAAUUGUGUAACAGAUUGGCCUCUGACACUCAAGUUUUACAGAAUGCUGCUACUGUUAACAUAUCAAUGUUGGUGAGAUAUAUUUUCCAGUUGGUUGGGUCAUUAGGUUUUAUGUUUUACCUGAAUGCUGCCUUGACCGGUGUAUUGUUAGCUGUUGUCCCUUUUGUUUCUAUAUCAGCUGUCAGAUAUGGAAAAUUUGUGCAGAAAAUGCAGAAAAAAUUUCAGGACAAGUUAGGAGAUGCAGGAACCGUUGCUGAGGAGACAUUGUCAAGUGUCAGGACAGUAAGGUCAUUUUCUGGAGAAGCAAAAACUGUAAACAACUAUGGAAAAGAAAUUAAUGAAAGUUAUGACAUUGGCAAGAAACUGGCAUUAGCUUCAGGUGGUUUCCAAGGCCUGAUUGGAUUAUUGGCCCAGGGUGCUAUAGCUUUAUGUUUGUGGUACGGCGGUAAACUGGUCUACGAUGAAGCACAUGGUAAACAUACAGGACUGACUCCUGGUGUACUAACAUCAUUUCUUUUGUACACAUUACAAGUAGCCAUGGCAUUUGCUCUCAUGUCCUCGUUGUAUGGAGAUUUCAUGUCGGCUUUAGGAGCAUCAACUAGAAUAUUUGGUUUGUUAGAAAGGACACCUGGUAUCCAGAAUGAGAAUGGAAUGGUACCAGCACAACUUACUGGACGAGUCCAGUUCAAGAAUGUUUGUUUUACAUAUCCUUCUAGACCAGAAUCAGAGGUUCUAAAGAGUAUAUGCUUCACAGUAGAACCAGGAGAAAUGGUAGCUUUAGUGGGACCGUCAGGGGGAGGUAAAUCUACCAUUGUCAACAUGAUUGAAAGAUUUUAUGAUCCGAGUGCAGGAACAAUAUACUUAGAUGACUAUGACUUGAAAGAGUUAGAUCCUCAGUGGUUUAGGAAGAAGAUAUCUAUGGUUAGCCAGGAACCAACAUUAUUUGCCUGUUCUAUCAAAGAAAACAUUGCCUUUGGUGUCAAUGCUGAUAUCAGUGAGGUAGAAGCUGCCGCCAAGCAGGCUAAUGCCCAUGAGUUUAUACAGACAUUUGAGAAGGGAUAUGAUACCUUGGUAGGAGAGAGAGGAGUGAGGUUGUCAGGAGGACAGAAACAAAGAAUUGCCAUAGCUAGAGCACUUAUAAUGAAUCCUAAACUUCUUUUGUUAGAUGAGGCUACCAGUGCAUUAGAUGCUGAGAGUGAACAUUUAGUACAAGAAGCUAUAGAUAGAGCUAUGAAGAGUAGAACAGUAAUUGUUAUAGCACAUAGAUUAUCUACUGUCAGGAAUGCUUCUAAGGUAAUAGUAAUAGACAAAGGCAGUAUAGCAGAGAAUGGAACACACGAUGAACUGAUAGCUAAAGGUGGUGUCUAUAAGAAGCUUGUAUUACGACAGUUAACAGCUGGUAAUAGGUCAGAGCCGAUCAAUGACACUAAUGAAGACAGCAGUUGAUGAUAAAUGAACAGAGUUUUAGAAAUGUCAUUUGGUUUUUUUUAAUUUAAUAUCAUGUGUUUUUGAAGUGGUAGUAUGCCAGAAAAGUCUUAAUUAAGCUUAUAAAGGACUUAAUUGUAUCAUGACCUUUACAAAA